AUGCCAGGAGGUAUCGUCGCUGCGCGCCGCGCCGGGCGUGCGACUCGCGCCCUCGUAUCCAUCCCUGCAGGUCGCGUCAAGAAAGGCAACAGCGGCGGGCCGGCAAGUUUCGUCGAGAUGAUGCGGCAGGCGUCGCUGGCGGUGGACCAGGCCAGCGCCGCACCUGCCUCGCUGCCCUCCCUCCCGGGCGCCGCGCACUGCCGCAGCGCCCAGCCCUCCGAUCGCCAGGAGAACUUCGAUGGCCUCCGCGGCCACCAGCUCACCCGCAGCACCAGCCAGCAGGUCGCGGCGCCCCCGUACGAGGUCCACGUGCAGUCCUCCGCCCUCCUCUCGCCGCGGUCGCGCGCGGCGCCGCACGGGCCCGUCGCCGCCGCCGUCGCGCCGUACCCCGCGGGCGACCUCGACGUCAACACGGGCCUCCGGCGCGGGAAGAACGCACUGCCGCGCGACCACGCCGUGUUGAGCCCCGACCCCCAGGGGCCGAGCUACAUCUCCGCGCGCGACCAGUACACCUCCGUGGCGCACGGGGGCUCGAUCGAGGCGCAGCGCUACGCGCGGGACUACACCGAGCCCAACGGCAAGCUCCACCACCGGUACAACAACGGGCGCCUGUCGCGCAUGCGCUCGCACGCCGCGGAGAUCGACAGGAUGUGUCAGGAGCGGGAGCGGCGCAUGGAGGCGCAGAUCGAGGCGCGGCUGAAGCACAAGUGCGCCCAGCGGGAACGCUACUACGCCGCGGUGGCGUUCUCUGCGUGCCGGGAGAAGACGCCCACGCUGGGCAUUCGCCGGGCCAAGGAGAGGAACGCGCUGCGGUACGGCACCGCCGCGCACGACGCGCAGGGGCACUUCAUUUAG